CAAAUACACUUUUCACUAUUAAAUAUUAAUGGAGAGCACUAUACAAAAUAAAAUGCACUGCCUUUCUAUAAUUAAUUGUUAUAUUGCUUGUUCUUCGAUAAUUUUAUUCAUUCAUUUUGGUAAGUAACCUAUUUAUAUUUUGAAUUACUGUCUAAUGAAUAAUAUAGUAUAUUUCGUAAAAAUAGAAACAUUUUGUUGAAAGCUUAGAUCCACGGUUUCAAUACAUAUAUUGGAAAAAUUAUUCUCAAUAUACACAACUUUAAAAAAAAGUCAAUAGCAACUUUUUUAUGCAAAAGCACUCCACUUUAAAUUAUUAUUGAGUUAUAGUCUGAUGAGAUAACUUAAUAAAUGUUAUAUUAAUAUUUUAAUGUAUGGAAUUCAUAUAAUAUGUGAUAGAUCUUACAACGAUAUUAAUAUCUUAUAAUGAUUUUUUUAAUUUAGCAUUUUUGUUAUACAUGAAUAUCAAAAAUAACUAAAUAAGAUACGAACGAACCCAAAUACAGUCCUUCUCAGUUUCAAACAUGUGGUAAGACAUUCGUAAAAUAAAUAUGUACAUAUUUUAGAGACCGGAAAAUGUUUGCAUAUGAUCAUCUGAGGACGAUGGGCAAUCGUUUGGAUAUUACAUUUAUUAAUUUUUUUAUUUUUUUUGUUUAUUUUGUUUUGUUUGUUUUUUUGGGUUUUUUUUUGGUUUUUUAACUUCAAAUUACAAAAGAAUGUGUAAAGAAAACCUGUUAGGGUGUUUUUUCUUUUUUUUUUUUUUUUUUUUUUUUUUUAAUGCUCUAAUGAAACUUUUGGUGCAUUUUGUGUAAAAAUGUAAUAUAUAGUAUUUGGAGCUAAAUAAAUAAAUGCUUUAACAUUGUUAUUCACCAUUAGGAUAUUAUAACACUUUAAUCCGACGAUAGAUACAAACAUGAACGUUGUUGAAUGCCUCUCUCGGUAUAAAUAUUUAGUUUUUUUAACUAUAUUGCGACCAUUUUCAUGGCAAAAUGCUUAAUACAUAAUUAUAUAAGACCAAUAUUAAGAGACAUAUCAAAUUCAUUGGCGUCGAAAACGAUAGGAACACUUUUUCAAGUUGUCAAAAUCCCAAAAAGCAUGUUGCAGACAAAAAGCCAAUUAUAAAGUAAAAAUUAUGCAUUUUUUUCAGAGAUUACAAUAGCUCAAAGUUCAAAGAAAUGUCGAAAACCCUCCCUUUUAAAGAAAAUAUUAAAAAUACUAAAAAGUUACGAUGCAUUCUUUUAAAAAAAUCAUGUUUGAUAUAUAUAUAUAUAUAUAUUUUUAAAUAUAAAAAUUUAUUUUGACUGUUUUUGUAAUUAAAAAUUAAAAUAGUUUUUUUCGCAUACCAUCGGGGUCAUCAACUUCAUCUUAACCUUUACAAGUGUUACAGACUUCAAAAUAAGUAGUAGGCUCUCUUUAAAAAAAAAAUAAAAAAAUUAAAUAAAACAAAUGCAAUUGAUAUUGUGUUUUCAUAUCAAUCGCUCAAUUAAGUUUGAUUUGUCAAAAUAAAAUUCAGGUGGCAUAUAUUUAUGAUAACAAGAGAUUAACAUCCAAUUAUUUUAUAGACAUAAACAUUGAGAUCUAUAGUGUAAGGAGGCGAUGAGAAAAACAUAUUAAUGAAACACUGGAACAACAGGAAGCAGGACUUUAACAAAAGCUGAUAUAAGUUGAUGCCACAUCGCUUCUAUUAUAAUUGGUUACUACUGGGUAGUGCCUUUUAGUUUAUGAGUAGUCUUGUCAGAAUAAUAUAUACUUUUAAAUGUAGAUUCCAUAAAGAGAAUCGUUUGAAUUUAUGAUGGCAUAACAUGUAUCUAAAAAUAUUUACUUUACCUAUUCAUUAGUAUUUUAUAUCUUAACUAAGUUGUGUACGCUAGAAUGUUAUUAUCAUCUGUUAAUCUACACAAAGUAAAAGGAGGUUGAAAAAUAUUUAUUUUUAAAAUACAUUUUUUUAAAAACAAAUGCAAAUAGUGUCAAAAAUCGUCCUAUACAAAGAUGUGUGUUCUUGUGUCAUGGAAAUAGUGAAUGAUGACAAUCAACCAUGACACAAAUAAAAUGUAAACUUAAUUAAUAUUUGACAAUAUUUCUUUCAAUGUCUGCAUAUUUACUUAUUCAGUCAUUUUAUGUUACAGAAUCUGUAAAAGGACAAAACAUAACUUUGUUUAAAUAUAAUCAAAAUGACGCCAAAACAGAGUGUAUACUUGGGCUAAAAAGUGGCAAAGAUAUUGUUGUUUUUAAAGCUCUUGUACGUGAUUAUCACAAAGCUGACUAUGUGUUAUUUGAAAUAGACAAAUCUGGUGGCAAGUUUUGGCAGGUAUAUAAUAUAUAUAUAUUAAAAUAAUUCCUUGCAAUGUUUAUUACGUAAUUUUAUUUAUACCAAGAUUGUUUAAUUUCUUCAUUUGAGCAAUUGCCUUAUAUUAAUAAACGCACACAAUUUCUUAAUUUUGAAAGCCCAAAAAUUAAGCUUUAUAGCUCAAUCUAAACCUUUCUUUUUAACACGUUUUUUAAAUUCUUUAUAUUUAACCCACAACUAGAGUUGUUAUUUCUUUUAAAUUGUAUUUUUAUAUCCCUUUAAUAUUACAUUAUUAUUUUCUAUAUUUUCAGUCGAUCCAUUUGGAUUUUAAAAUUCCAUUUGCAAGCAAAUAUGAGACUGUGUGUCUUGUUCGUAACUAUGCCAUACAUAUAAAUAUCUACAUAGGAGCUCCAUCGGAGUUUAGUGACGCCACAGUGGAUUUUAAAAGUACAGAUUCAAGCAACAAUGAUACUGUGUGCAUUGUUCGUAACGAAACCAUACAUCUAAAUAUUUACACAACAGCUGAAAAUGACUUAAAAAAAGCCACAAUAGAUUUUGAAAAUCUUUGUCCAAGCAACAAUGACACUGAGUGUAUUGAUUUUAAUGAACCCAUACAUGUACAUAUUUACAUAAAAGCUGAAACUGAGUACAGUAAAGCAAAGAUGAAAGGAUCUUUGUUUAUAUUAGGAAGAUAUGUUACUAAAAGUGAUGAACAAACCUUCCCGGAAAUAUAUGGUAUUUAAAAAUAUAAUGGACUAUUUAAGUGAUAAGACCAUUAUAAAUAUAUAUAUAUAUAUAUAUGAAAUUUCCGGAACAGCUUGUAAUUAGUUUCACAAGAGGUUUAUACCAUAACAAUUCGUUUUUUUUAAAUAAAUGUAUAAAUAAUUAUAAAUCCUUUACAUAAUGUAAACAUUGAUUGGACAACCCGGUUUAUAAAAUGAAAGUGUUAUCACUUACAACAGGCUAUUGACCUUUUAAAGAGGUUUUAACGGUUUUGGUAUGUUUCGCCUUAUUGAUUAUUAAUGUUUGGGCCUUCAAUCUAAAAAAUAAAAUUGCAGAAACCAAACCAUAAUGAUAUUUUAAGGAGUUUCAUAUUUAAGUUCUGUAAAUGAAUAUUUAAAUUAUUUUUUUUCUUUUAAUUGUUUUAUAUUUACUUUUGUUAAACUAAUAUCUCUGGGACCUGCCUCAUGGCACAUGACCCUAGAGAAGCAUUUAAGGUAUUUCUAAAUUGGGGCCUAAAAAAUUUAAACAUUGUUUAAGUAGCCCAGGGGAAGAUGUCGUUUACGAGUAGUCUAUUCAUGCUUCAUCCUAUCAGUCGUUUUUUUUUUUAAAAUUAUAAACAGUGAUUUUGUAAAUCGGUUGGGUCUCAGUCCAUAAAAUGCCUUUUCAUUUUCACGUAAAGGGGAAGCGCGACAGCAUAGUGUAUUACAUUUUGGCUCUGCAUGUAGCGUUCUAUGUGUGUUGGUGAGGAUAUGUUUGGCAAAGGAAAAAUUGAGAUGAGGAGAAAAAAGUGGAGGCUUUUUGCAAGGCUGUUUUAUAGGACUCAUUUUUGUGUUGCUAGAAUGUAGUUGGUAAAUGAGAAACAUGAUGGUGAUUAAGAAAAGGAAUCAUAAUUUUUGUUAAAUUUUGAAGUGUAAAAGAAAUAUCGAUACUGCAAAUAUUAAUUCGUCUGAAUCAUAUGUUUAGCCUCACCAACUCCAUCAGCCUUUCCUUAAGAGUGUAAGUGUAAGAAACUUAAAAUUUCCCGCAUGUUUAUUUGUUUAUAUUAUAACAUAAAUAAGAAAACAUUUUAAAAAAAUAUCUGCAGAUUCCUCGCAUGCAACAUACACACUAACGAUCAACGGAAUGGAUGCACUUAAAAAUGAAUCCGUUUGUUUCAUCAAUGAUAAUGGCUCUAUCCCAUUUGAAUUAAAGUUGGAGAGCAGUAACCAGCCAUUACCAUGCGUACUUGAGAUUAUGUCAGAUGAGGGAACGUCUACAAAGAAAGGACCAAAUGGUACUGCUUUCAUAAAAAUAGAAAGAAAGUCAAUGAAAGGAAAUAUUACAAUCAAAUACGGGUCAUGUUCCUUGUCCGAAAACACAAGAAUAAUUGAGUGUUCAUGGGAAAAUAAAGGUAAGACUAUUUAAAAAUUCUAAAUGCAACAUUUUACUCCUUUAAAAGUGUUGUAAACAUUAAUUCUCUACAUUACAAUGCUCCAAUCUCUGUAUGUAUUCAUGUAUGUAUUCCCAUUAUUAUUCUUACCCAGUAAUCAAAUGUAUUUUACCUAAUAAAAUUUAAUGUUAUUUAGUGGUCUUCCGACUUUGAGAAGGCAUUUUUUGUUGUUGACAGUUGAGUUUAAGUGUAACGUAUUCAAUCAUGCCUCAUAUAAUUGAAUUUAUUUCAUACAAAUUAAUGAUUUUCUAAAAGUUAAUAAAUUGACACGCCUUAUAAGAUUAGAUAUUAUACAAAGAGGAUAGCUUUAUCUGUCCGCAAAUUCAGUCGAGCUCAACUGACGUCAUUCACCUGCAUAUGAGGGAUAGUUUGUUCGUAAAAAAGAGAGAGUUAGAUGACGGCCAUUUAUAUUGAUAUCAGAAUUCGUGCUAUCUGUGCAUGUGUUUAAACUGUUAUUAAAUAAAAUAACCCGUAGCAAUUUAAUAUGAAUAAGCAUUGCAUUAUUGCAUCCUGCUCAAAGCAAUAAAUACAGUUCUGAAGGUAUAUUCAAUUUAGUAGUGAAGUAAAACUACUGCACGCUGCAACAGAUAAAGCUUUUACAUGGCUGUAAUACAAAAGUGAUAAUUUAUUCGAGUUUUCUAAACAUAUAUAUAUAUAUAUAUAUAUAUAUAUAUAUAUAUAUAUAUAUAUAUAUAUAUAUAUACAGAGAGAGAGAGAGAGAAUAUAUAUAUUAUAAAAUAUAUAAAAAUAUAUAAAAAAAAAGAUAAUUUAUUUUAUUUUUAUAUACAUAUAUAUAUAUAUAUAUAUAUAUAUAUAUAUAUAUAUAUAUAUAUAUAUAUAUAUAUAUACAGAGAGAGAGAGAGAGAGAAUAUAUAUAUUUUAAAAUUUCCAGUAACAUAUCUUUUAAAAAUAUCUACAAUAAACAUGAUUUGAAAGCAUUGGAAAUAAUUUGUAAAAAAAAUAAAAUAAAAAAUUACUUGUUUAAAAAUUAAGUUAUAAAACUCAUUGUGUAUUUGACCUAAAUAUAAAAUACGUAAAUAAUAGUAUAAUUACUACUAGUAGCUAGGUCAAGUACCAAUACUAUUUUUUAAAUAUUUAAACAAUGUAUAAAUAUAUAGUUUGGGUAUAUUUUGUUUUCAUAUGUUGAAAGUGUAGCUUAUUUACUAUUGACAAUUCUGCAAUAGUUUGUAGGCAUUGAGGCAAUUUUUUUAUAAUUGCAGUCUCGGCUCUGUAGUAACGCCAGGAAAAACUUGACUGCUGGUUUACUAUGGACUUCCUAAUCCAUCACAAUUUGUUUGUCUAUUAAUUUGAGAAAAAAAAUAUUUAAGAAAUCCCUGAACCCGUUAUAAACGUCUGCAUUUUACCCUCAUCUAAAAAAGAGAAGGAUUCAAUUAUUAAUUAUACAAACACGCUGACAACCAUAGAUAGUGCUUAUUUCACUCGACAUGAUUAAGCUUUAAAGUCUCGUUACAAAUUAGAUUCGAACAAAGUUUAUCCUUAACUUCCACCCUAUCAUAGUUAUCACCAUAAUGUGUCCUUAAAUAAUCUGUAUAUUGUUAUUGCUGGUACCGACAAGAAAAUAAUAUUCCUAUCAACUGACUUUAAGCCGCCCAACGCGACUAAAAUGUAUGUGAUUGUCUGGUUCAUAGAUGCCUUCAAGCAAGUCCAUCACACGUUGAAACUCUUUUAGGACUUGUCCCUGUGUACUGGAAACUAAACACCUUGGACUCCCUAAACGUGCUUUAAUCGACACAGAGGGUGUCACAUGUAUUAUUCGUGAUCCAUAUUCUUGUUACCUGAAGAUACCGCUCCUGUUACAUUGAAGGAAAUUACCUAGGUAAUAAUAUUACAACUGAUUUUAUUAGUAUUUUAUUUAAAUUGGGGUGGGGUGUAGUUGCCCCUCUCGUCAUUUCCUAUUUGAACCAAUGUCAAGACUUAGUGGAAACGACGACAAAUAGACAAAGUAUACACCAGCAUUGUUUCUUGUGUCUCACUCUUUCUCUGUAUGCGUUCAAUACAGCAGAAUUUUUGGAAUUUUAAUUUUACCAUAUUUAUGCAGCAUACGACUCACCACUACCGUGUUCGAUUUCAGAUUUUCUCUUCUUUUUGAUGUGUUGCUAUCUAAUGUUAACGAAUCCCAUCAUGUUAUAUAGUUUAGACUUUAAACGAUAGAGGAUUUUUUUUCCUGAUAUUAUGUUUAGUGAACGCCUUCGUAAUAUUGAAAAAAACAAGCUACCACAGAUACUAAUCAAAUUCCAUUGUUGAUGAAUACAAUUGCUUUUAAGAUUUUUCCAUCGCAGUGCACAUUUCUAUAGCACUAAUUCACCAAAAGAGUGAAAAAUGAAAAGAACAUAUUUCAGAUUUAUUUCAUCAUUAGGCACCAAUCAUAUACUUGUUUACUAGGUGUCCUUAAUGUACUUUUAUUACUAUUUACAUUUAGUGUACUUUAAAAUAUUAAAAUGGCAUUAAUAAUAAUUAAAUUAUUUUACUUCUUGCAACCUCCAUGGCUGUACGAAUCUUUUUGCUUUGAACAAUUUAAGUACCAUCUCAAACAUGGAGUGAUUCCGUUACUUCAAUUGAGUAUUUUUAUUUCCAAUAUAGACAGCUUAUCAAAUGUAAAUAAGAUCGUUUCUUGUUUUGUGUAUUCUGCUGUCUCCGGGAUUCAGCCCAUAUUUUUUAAUGCUCUUUCUUUUUACGUCGACCUUCAAGAUAUCUUCACUAAUAAGUUUUAAAAUGUGUACGUUUAGGGGUUUAAUUAGUAACUUUAGAAAUGCAAAUAGACCAAGACAUUUCAGGGUUGACAUGAGUAUUAUUCGGGACUGUCGAUUUAAAGCUUCAAAUGUGUAAGAUAAGCGGAAACAAAAUUUUACAAUUAUUAAAUAGUAUCAUAUAUGGUUUAGGAGAUAAUCCUUAUUAUUGUCUAUUAUAACAGCAACGGCACUAGCGAUACGUGUUGCGACUUUCUGUCAAACUCCAAGUUGUCUUCUAGAAACAUGAACAACACUUCCAGAAUACUAAAGUAAUCUGUAUGAACAUGCUACUUUGUGAUAUUAACACAUAGAAAGCCUCAAAUAACACAUCUCUACAAAAAAAACGUUUCAAAUUAAACUUUUUGUUUUUGACCGUACACAGCCGAUCAUUGAAAGUAUGGUGUAGAGCAAGCCUGCAAAAAUGAAAAUGUAAGUCGGGCUGUAAUACUUUAUUAACAACUUGUGUGGGGCAAAAGAAAAAUAGGACAGUGGUGGAGCUUUUAAGAAAAUAAUAAGAAUAAUGUGUUCAUGGCCUUGUGUAGAACAUGAUUACAAUACAAAUACGUUGACAUGGUGACACCCUGUUCUUUUAACGAACGGUUCGGUUAUUAGCAACACUUUUAAGUUGCACUAAACAGGGGGUCAAACAGUAAGGUCCAACCGCUCAAAAAUAAUUAUAUACGAUGCUGGAGUGUUUUGUUAUCAUGCAAUAUCACAUUUGUCUUUAUUCGCAUAUCAUUAUAGAAGGGAGUAAAUGUAAGUUCAAUUACCCUUCUUCUACUUAUUAUUCUUUUUAUUAUUAUUAUCAAUAUUUAUUGGAUGUUGGGUUGCCGAGUGGUCUAAACGGAUAAAAUCUGAAGUUGAUGGUUUGGAGUUCAAUCCCCACAAAAGCCCAGUAAAUCAGCACCCAUGGGACUCGCUAGCCUUGGAUGGCAUCUCAUCUGAGAGACGGAAACUCUGAAAUCAAACCUCUCUUCCCUUGGGCUGCCCAGUGGCGGGGAGCGAGUCGAUUAGCUGUUGGGAACCAGCUUGUGAUCCCAGAAGAAUAACCUGGAUUUCGUCCUGUGAAGUCUACACCCUCAUCACAUUGUGACGGACGGAUACCAGGAAUUAUUAUUAUCACCAUAAUGUCGAGUCUCUUUAUAAUGAGAACAAUGGCUUAUGAAGUUAUCAAUUUUAGGUCCAGAGCUCUAGCACAAGAAAUGUUAAAAUUCAAAAUUUGCCUUAAAUUUUUUAAAAUGUUUAAAUGUAUAUCACUCGCAAAACUUAUUUAAUUAUGGCAAUUAUAACGAUUUAUAAAACUGCAAACAAAAACAACUUACAAAUCUUAAUUUAAUUUAGUAUAUUAUGAAACAUUCGUAUGUAAGUAGAGUCAAAUGUGUUUCAUUAGCAGCUAAAAAGACCCUAGCAUAUGAGAAGCUUGCAUUCAUAGUGGCAAAAAAAUAAUCGAAGGUACAAGUCAUACAUUUUAUAAGAGUUUGUUUCUGGCUGAAUAAUCGCUCAUGAUGUGUUCAAAAAAUAUGUCAUUAAACAACACACUCCUCAAUAAUCAUGAUCAUUACCAGUAACUUCACAAGAAUUUUUUUGUGCCAUUUUAGUUUUGAUAGCGCUGAUUUGUAAUUUUUGAGUUUUCUAUUUCAGUCGAUCAAACAAACCACAAACAAGACACAGACAAUACGUCCAUAAACAAAGAACUAGCAAUUGGAAUUUCUGUAC